AUGAGUAUUGCACGAUAUUUUCACACUGCAUCCAUCUUAACCAAUGGAACGGUUUUGGUUAAUGGUGGAUUUACCGCUGGCCGUACGUAUACUGUUACUACAGAACUGUAUGAUCCAUCCACAGGAAUGUGGACGAAUACUGGCAACAUGAUUAGUCCACGACGGCUUCACACAGCUUCUGUAUUAAGAGAUGGAAAAGUGUUAGUUGCUGGUGGGGAAAUUGGUUGGGAAAAUUUAGCGAGUGCAGAAUUGUACGACCCAUCAACAGGAUCGUGGACAAAUAUCGGAAACAUGAGUACAGCACGAAUGGGUCACACUGCAUCGAUAUUAGCAAAUGGGUCAGUCCUAAUUGCUGGUGGGGCAAAUGAACACGUACUUGCAACGAGUGAAUUAUACAAUCCAUCAACAGGGUUAUGGACAAACACUGGCACCUUGACGGAUGCACGAUAUGAGCACACUGCAUCUGUAUUAACUGAUGGAAAGGUGUUAGUUGUUGGUGGAUAUACUGCUGGUCGGCUUCUUAGUGCAGAAUUAUACGAUCCAUCAACAGGGUUAUGGACAAAGACUGGCAGUAUGAAGAAUGCACCAGUUUCUCACACUGCAUCUGUAUUAACUGAUGGAAAAGUGUUAGUUGUUGGUGGACGUGAUUUUGGGGUUACAUUAAAUAGUGCAGAAUUAUACGAUCCAUCAACAGGAUCAUGGACAAACACUGGUAGUAUGCAUCGUGCACGACUCUCUCACACUGCAUCUGUAUUAACAAAUGGAAAAGUGUUAGUUAUUGAUGGAGUUGGUGUUGGUGAACUUUCUAGUGCAGAAUUAUACGAUCCAUCAACUGGGAUUUGGACACAAAUCAGAAGUUUGCAUGCUGAUAGACACCUUCACACUGCAUCUGUGUUAAAAAAUGGAAACGUUUUAGUGGUUGGUGGAGCCCGUGAGCUCGACUAUCAUCUUAAUAGUGCAGAACUCUAUGAUACAUCAAUAGAAGUUUGUACAGAUGCUACGAGCAAAAAUAUUAAACAAGUGAAGAAUACGGCAUCAAUAUUAAACAAUGAUCAUGUCUUAUUUCCUGAUGAUCACCAUGACUUUGAUUUGAAUAAUACAGAACUGUUUUCGUGA